AUGGAGCUUCGUAAAAAUAGUUUUGCAGUUAAUCAUUCUAGUAUUAAAACAAAAAUGGUUGAAAUUAUAAGAUCAAGUGCAAGACUAGCUCAAGAUGAGGCAGAGAAGUUAGCAAUUGCUAAUUUUAAGUUUUCACAGCAUUGGCUUGGUCAUUUUUUAAAACGUUAUGACCUUUCUCUUCACUACAAGACUAAUAUUGCACAAAAGUUGCCUGAUAACCUUGAGAAUAAGCUAUUAAAGUUUCAACAGUUUGUUAUUUGCCUUAACCAGAAAAAUAAUUAUCCUCUUGAUAUGAUUGCAAAUAUGGAUGAGAAGCCAGUUUGGUUUGAUAUAGUAGGUAACUUGACUAUGAAUCCAAGAGACAUAAAAACAGUUUAUGUUCGGUCAACAGGAAAUGACAAAAAUCGAUUUACUGUGGUAUUAACAUGUCUUGCUGAUGGCACUAAGCUCCUUCCAAAUAGAAUACGACCAGAGGAACCUCAUUCAAAAACAAUGCUUGUCUUAGAUUCUUUUUCAGCAUAUAUUUCAGAGUGA